CUCUAAUGUAAACUUCCGGUUGAGUCUGCGCUAGCUAAAUUAAAUUAAUUAUUUUGGAAUAGUUCCUCAUUUAGUGCAAAAAGCAAGGAUUCUUUUACGAAACUUCUGAUUUAAUUUAUCUUUUGAAGAUGGCACCUGUGUAACUGAAGGAAGGUUUCCGCCAUGGGCUGAUGCUGAUUCCUGGCACCCAUGGAGACUGAAGUGACCUUGACCCCUGUGACCUUGCCAGAGGGGUCAGCCACUUCCAGUAGUCUCGGGUCCGGGGGAUGUGGGCAGCUUCCCAAGCAGCUCGAGGCGGUGAAGGCGGCAGACAUUUUGCCACAGUUCAGGCAUCGCUGGAACACUAAUGAGGAGAUAGCCGGCAUCCUGCUUGCAUUCUCCAGCCACUCGCAAUGGCAGCACCACGAGGUCAGGCUGCGACCACCCAGCGGAUGUCUGCUGCUCUUCAACCGGAACAGUGUGCGAUACCGGAAGGACGGCUACUGCUGGAAGAAACGCAAGGAUGGGCGUACCAUCAGGGAGGAUCACAUGAAGCUGAAAGUCCAGGGCCUAGAGUGCAUUUAUGGUUCCUAUGUCCACUCGGCCAUUCUUCCAACUUUUCAUCGAAGAUGCUACUGGUUAUUGCAGAAUCCGGACAUAGUGCUUGUUCAUUACCUGAAUGUGCCGUAUCCAAGCAACACCAAACUGAGCAUCCCUGUUCUAUCUAUCGCCAUGGAGAAGAAGGAAUGGACCAAGGAAGAGCUCACACAACAGCUCAAACCCAUGUUCUCCAGUUCAGAACAGGAACAUGUUUCAGUGCUGGAUGAGACCAUGGAGACUCUGGUUCAGCGUCUGAUGGACAACCAAGACAAGCUUGGAGGGGAGCAUCCAAUAGAGGGUCUCACCACCACCCAGAAAAAGAGAAAUGUCCACAUACAACCCGUCAGUCAUCGAGCGGAUUCGCAGUCCAGCAGUGCUGCGUUACAGCAAAAUUGCUCUGAUCGCAGUUCUUGUCAGCUUUCGAUGGGCGGAAAUCAUUUCCCGCCCCAAAAGUCUGUGAACUAUGCUCAAAGUGUCAUCGUCAACCUUAGUAAUCUACCCAAUGGUCAGCAAGUGAUGCUUGUUACGGGUCAAACCAAUCCAAACCAGCUAUCGCUCCUGCAGACGCAUUCACUAUGUCCCAAUUCAUCUAACUUGUCUCAAGGAGUUUCGUCGACCCUGUGUAGUAGUAUUUCCAGCCCGCUGAGUGGUUUCCAGUCAAGCAUGUCCAGGGAUGCAGCUGCUGCAAUUAUGAUGAAUCAUUAUGUUGCCCAGGGCAACAGUGGACCAUGCCUGUCACGUUCAGCAUCACUGUGCGACCCGCAACAUUUACAGUAUGACCAGUCGGCAAUACAGCGAUCUCAGAGUGACGAGGCGCAUAUUAACGCAGCAGACAGCAAAAACAACUGCAUGUACGGCAACAACAACUAUCAGUACUUGCAGGACAUGACUGCCAUGUUCCAGUCAUAUCAAAACGCGUCUUUUUCUAACGGUUUUCACCAAACUCCAUUACCAGUUAGCCAGGGUUUGUGCCUACCGGAACAUCAGACGGAUAGCCUAUCACAAUCUCACGAACAAUCUUGUGAUAGUUCUAAUUAUCAGUCAUCCUCGUACCUGACAAACGAAUGCUCGACUUCCAUCGUAAAUUCCUUCAUAGAGGAGCUAAUGUCGUCCGAGACCAACCCCGGCGAUGGCAACAAGAAGUCCUUCAGACACCUUGGCGAUAGUUUCGAGAGUAUUCAGCCGAGUCUGAGCACCAUUCAGGGCUCAGAGCUGAAUCUGGACCAGCUGGAUCUGAUGGACAUGCCUGAUCUAGACCACAUGUGUCACGAGAUGGCACUCAACGCGUCUUCACCAAUGGAGGAGCACCGAAAAGUUAGCAUGUGUUCACCUCAAACAACUAGCCGGGGCACGUCGCCCCAUCUAAAACCUAAACAAGAUUGUGCUAACGUGUCUGUGUCUUCAAGUGGUCACCAUUGCACGACGCUUAGUUCGAAUUCAGAGACAUUAAAUGUUUUCGCUCAAUCUUCCUUAGCUAGUUCUAAUCCGGGUACCUCUGUCUCAAGGGUUUCAACGAUGGCCGCGACUGUUACGGACAUUAAUAUGGCCUGUGGUCAAUGUGGUUGUGAUGUUCAAAGUUCGAGGUCGACUCAUGUCGAAGGUCAAGGUCAGCCUUGUAAAUCCUCGUCAUGUCGACAAGACUCUGUCAGUAGUGUUGUUCACACUACGAAGACUCCAAACACCAUAGCAACAAUAACAGACUUUUCACCUGAAUGGUCAUACACAGAGGGUCAGACGAAGCUGCUGGUGACGGGACCUUGGCACUCCAACAUGGGCACCUACACGGUGCUGAUGGACGGACGUGUGGUCGCCACUACCCUUGUACAGCCGGGCGUGCUCAGGUGUUUCGUUCCAGGUCACAAGCCAGGGCCAGUCACUCUGCAGGUUUCGUGUGAUGGCACUGUCAUCUCUAACAAUGCAAUGUUCGAGUACCGGCCCCUGCCUGUCACACAGCCAGCUGGGAACCAGUCUGAAACAAAAUCUGACUGGUUCUCUGUGGAAGACUCCAAGUUGUUCGAAUGUUUCGUUGGCAAGCUUGUGAAACUUGAGGCAGCCCUCAGCAAAGUUCCAGACGCAGUCAGUGUGUCACAGUUGCUAGGAAGCAUGCCAUCAGUGGAGCAGCAAGACCCAUGCUUGAGUCAGCACAUCGCGUCCCUGUCAACCCGACUGUGGAUAGAAAACAACGCUACCCCGGACAGUGGUUACAUGGGACUCAGCCUGCUACACCUGGCAGCUGCUCUAGGCCUCACGCAGUGCAUACAGGCCCUCAUUGCUUGGAGGAAUGAGAGCUCUAACUGGAUGCUGGAAUAUGAGGUGGAUGCCAACAGCGGGGACCUUAACACCUGCACUCCACUGAUGUGGGCCUGUGCCAAGGGUCAUUCCAAGGCAGCCAUAAUAUUGAACAACUGGAACAAAGGGCCACUACUCACCUUCAAUAGAGAGGGUUAUCUCCCUUUGCUGGUUGCCAGACAGCGAGGCCACCACCUCCUUGCCGACCAAUUGGAAGGUUCGACUGCGUCAGGUGACCAGUCACGUAGUACACAAGAAGUGAUGACAUCACCAGCCAAAAGCAGAUCACAUGACCAAUUCUCUGGCAGUGAGCCUGAAAUUCUCUUCUCCACUUCAGGUGUGACAGAUUUUGAUACUUCAGAAAAUCCAGGUGAAAUGUGUUCAAACUUGCAAACUGUCUCCAUUGAAAGCUCAAUAGAUAGUAGAUGUUUUUCAACAGAUCCUGACUUUCCAAACGCCACAUCGACACCAAUCACAGAUAACGUCUCAUGUUCGACCAGCAGGUAUUUAGGAGAUUCACAACAUCAAAUCUUAGAAAACUCAAGUGUUCUUGGGGAAUUACAUAUCCAAAUUCCAUUAGAAGACAGGAACACAAACAAGAAAUCUCAGAGUAUAGAAAUCUCAACAAACUUUAGCAAAGUCCAGAAUUCUAAGACUGUAAUGAGAACACCAACGAGUCACAAAAUGCAUUCUAAGUCUAUGUCAGCAUCAGAAAAGCGCCAGAAGCUGCAGAAGCGAUUCUCUGUGGAUGUAAUCUCUAACCAGACUCUAGAGCCAGUGCAUUUUUCUCCAUCAGAGGCGUUUCAGCGACCGGUGCGCGAGGCAAACUCUGAGCCGCAUUUAGCCGCCGGAAAUCUGGAGCAUUUUAUGUGUCAGUCGAAUCCCAUGCUUUCUGAGGGCAGGGAUUUAGGUUCCCCAGACAUGCUUGUGAAGCUAGACCAUUGUGAUCGUCAUGGCCACAAGUGUUUACAGCUGGGUGUCGGUCCCUCAGGCCAGGUAACCAUGGAUACUGACAAUGUCUCCGAGGAUUGCAACAGCUCGGACAUCGAUGUGGAACGCGUGUCGUCUGAUGAUGAGGACAUACGCAGAAGAAUGCUUGCUGAAGGCGAUGACAUUGAAAACAACCAGUCUCAGAUGGUUCACCUGGCCAAACAGAUUAUUGCAGCGAUGCCAGAGAGAAUCAAGUCUUCACCCAGUCGCUGUGACGAAUCACUGGCCGAGGAAUUCAAGCGAGAAAGAAGUAGUUCCUACAGCUCGAUACACUCCGCCUCCCCUCAUGCUGCCUCGUCUUUCGGAGAGGCAUUGUCCUCUUACGGGGAGGACUCUGGGAUUUCAACCCCUAUGCAUGACAGCCUAGCUUUCGAAGAAUACAGGUACCCGGACGUGUACAGUGACCUGGGCACCCCAGCCUCGUCCCUCAGCCCCGACUCCACCUGCCUGCAUAGCCCCUACAGCCCCUACACAUUCCACCUGGACUCGCCCCCGCCCACAGCUGCAGAGUUCAUUGAGUACUUCAACGCACCAGCCACUUUCAUGGAGAAGGACUUCUCACAGCUCACAUUGUCAGACCGAGAGCAGCGUAAGCUAUACGAGGCUGCCAAGGUGAUACAGAGUGCGUACCGGCAGUACCGGGACAAACAGUGCAAGCAGCAGGCCAAGGAGCGCGAGGCUGCAGUACUUAUACAGAGCUACUAUAGGAGAUACAAACAGUAUGCCUACUACAAGAAGAUGACCCAGGCAGCAGUUCUCAUUCAGAGCCAGUUCAGGAGCUACUAUGCACAGAAGCGCUUCAAAAAGAGUCGUGAUGCCGCCGUCGUAAUACAGAACCAAUACCGCAGCUACAAGGAACACGAGCGACUCAAGAAAGGGGGAAAUAAAUCUGUCACUCAGAGAUUUCGGAGCCACUACCAAAGGAAGCCAAUUGUUGCUGGAAAAGGUGCCCGGGUUGUGCAGAUAGUACCAGACACUGACGGGUGCCAGGAAGAAGCAAACAUAGCCAUCGACGACUGCCACCAAGACUCCAGUGAGAUGCCGACGCCAUCUGGUGAUCAGGCUGAAUCAGCAGGGAGGACCACUCAGGACAUGGAGGGAGAUAAAGCUGAGGUGCCGCUAAACUGAGUUAUCUUCCCAUAC